UUCCUUUAGACCCGUUUUCCUCCUCUUAUUUAUCUCUUCAUAUCACCACACAACAACCCAUAAAUCAAAACUCGUUAUCCACAUUUCUUACAUUCUAUCCUAAUCCUCAUCACUCAAACCAAAGCAGAGAGCUUAGGCGCGGAGAAGAAGAGGAAGAGAAAGAGGAACCAAGCAUCAACAACAAUGGCUGUCUCAACAAUCUACUCAACACAAGCUCUCAACUCAACUCAUUUCUUGAGCUCGUCUACUUCUUCCUCCACCUCAAAACAAGUCUUCUUCUACCGUAGUCAUCAGUCCUAAACCAACCGUAGAUUCAACACAAUCAUCACUUGCGCCGCACAACAAACCGUCGUGAUCGGACUCGCCGCCGACUCAAGAUGCGGCAAAAGUACCUUCAUGCGGAGGCUGACCAGUGUCUUCGGUGGUGCCGCCGAGCCACCAAAAGGAGGGAACCCUGACUCCAACACACUUAUCAGUGACAUGACCACUGUGAUCUGUCUCGACGAUUACCAUUCCUUAGACAGAACUGGUCGCAAAGAGAAAGGAGUCACUGCUUUGGACCCACGUGCCAAUGACUUUGAUCUCAUGUAUGAGCAAGUCAAAGCUCUUAAGAGUGGUAUCGCCGUCGAGAAACCCAUUUAUAAUCACGUCACUGGACUUCUUGAUGCCCCUGAGCUUAUUCAGCCUCCCAAGAUUCUCGUCAUCGAAGGUCUUCACCCAAUGUAA